AGGAAAUCUGUUGGUGAAACAACACCAAGAGAAAGGUGGAUCACUUCAUUUCAAAUGAAAGGAAACUGGAGAUUUACACAUAAGGAUGAAUUUGGUGAAACCUGUCCUGUGUUGGAUCUUUAUUUUGUGCUUUUGGCGAGAAACUGAAGGCACAAAGAUCUCUAUGCCGAACAGAACCAGAGUGGCAUUAGCCGGAGAAACUCUUGACUUUAACCUGUCAGUGACCAUACCAGCGAAUCACACAGAGGGUAAUCUUGAAUGCUGCAAGACUCAGAGCAAGGAGACUGUUUGGAAAAUGGAGCUUGAAAGGACACUUUCGGAAGUUACUAAAUCGGUGGUGGCACGUAUCAAAAUGCACAACAGCUCCUGUUCUGGCGAUUACUACUUUCGUUAUGCAACUCAGGAAGUACACUGGGUGGUUCUUGUGAUGGAUAAAGGUUAUCAAGAGCCAGGUGACGUGUUGGAAAACGACACCAUCAUACUGAUGAUUUUCUCAGGAAUUUUACUCUUCUUCAGUGUUCCAGGUUCACUUUACAUUUUGAAGAGCUACAAGGAACAGCCUCUCUCUGGAGAGGAAAGAAAUAAAGUUGUGGAGAAGAGACCAGAGGAGAGUGAAGAUGAUGUGGGGGUGGAAGAAGAUGCAGCGUCUGCAUCACUCUACACAGCACUACAACACAGACCAGGCUCCAUUUAUGAUAUACUGAAUCCAGAAACAAUGAGGCAAAUGGAAAACAACCAGAAAUCAGGAAAAAAGUACUGGAAAGCUCAAGAAGAUGAAGUAUUUGAUACUGUCUAUGAAAACUUUUGAAUAUUUGUCUGCAUAAAUGUACUUUUCUAUUAGUGUCAAAUAAAAAUAAAGAUGUUUUUGUAUGAUAUAACACAAUAUGGCCCUUUGUAGCAAACAAGACCAGGAAAUAAAGGAAGAUAAAAACAAAUGAA